UGUUUCACUUUGAUUUGACAGCUUUGCAGAAAGAUGCCUUUAAUAGUCACAGUAGAAUAAAAGAAUUGAAUCAGAAUAUUCAUUUUAUCGUGAGUUCAAACCACUCAGAAUGUGAAGUUCAUCUUGAGUAUGAAUAUGAGGCCAACAAUCUGACAAAUACGCUGCUCUUUUGACGUGAGAAACACGUUCUGCCGAUGAAUCCUGCUCACACUUCUGCGUUUAUAAGAGCUGAUAAGACGCGGCGAUAGCGGCGGCUGAGGCUUCAUAGCUCACACUCUGUGACAAAAGUGCGGCUGUCACUCGGAAAGCUUCGCCGGGUCCAGGGAAAAUAUGCGGCAGUGAGAUUUAUCAAGCCGAGGCAGUGGAGGUGAAAGACAGUAGACGGGAGCAAUACAAGAGGCUGCUGUGUUUCUGCCCGUGUGUCAUCCCAGCGCUGCCGGACCUUCCUCCUGAAAGAUGCCAUGGGCGUUGUUGUCCAAUUCAUUAGAGAGAAUCCUGAGUCCGCUGGCCACGCUGGAGCCCUCUCAUUUCUGGCUGCUGAACAGAAUGGCUGCUGAUGACCGGCACCUGCCCUCCAGUUGCGGGUCCUACAUCAAGACGGAGCCGUCCAGCCCCUCGUCCGUCAUCGACACGGUCAGCCACCACAGCCCCAGCGGCAACUCGGAUGCCAGCGGCGGCUAUGUCAACACCAUGAACAGCCACUCCAACGGCCUGGACUCGCCGCCCAUGUUCACUCCCAACGGGCUCGGCGCCGCCGCCUGCCGCAAGCGCUACGAAGACUGCUCCAGCACCAUCAUGGAGGACUCGUCCAUAAAGUGCGAAUACAUGUUGAACUCCCUCCCCAAGAGGCUGUGUCUGGUCUGUGGAGAUAUCGCCUCCGGGUAUCACUAUGGCGUGGCCUCCUGCGAGGCCUGCAAAGCCUUUUUUAAAAGGACAAUACAAGGUAACAUAGAAUACAGCUGUCCGGCCACGAACGAGUGCGAGAUCACAAAACGGAGACGCAAAUCAUGUCAGGCCUGUCGCUUCAUGAAAUGCCUCAAAGUGGGGAUGCUGAAAGAAGGUAAGAAGAGGGUUCGUCUGGACCGCGUGCGAGGGGGCCGACAGAAGUACAAGCGGAGGUUGGACACGGAAAACAACCCCUACCUGGGCUUGACGCUCCCCCCUCCCACCAAAAAGCCCCUCACAAAGAUUGUGUCGCACCUGUUGGUGGCCGAGCCAGAGAAGAUCUACGCCAUGCCCGACCCCACCAUGCCCGAGAGCGACAUCAAGGCGCUGACCACGCUGUGCGACCUCGCCGACCGCGAGCUGGUGGUCAUCAUCGGUUGGGCCAAACACAUCCCAGGCUUCUCCACUCUGUCUCUGGGGGACCAGAUGAGUCUACUGCAGAGCGCCUGGAUGGAGAUCCUCAUCCUCAGCAUCGUGUUCCGCUCGCUGCCCUACGAGGACGAACUGGUCUAUGCUGAGGACUACAUCAUGGACGAGGAGCACUCCAGGCUAACCGGCCUGCUGGACCUCUACGUCUCCAUCCUGCAGCUGGUCCGGAAGUACAAGAAGCUGAAAGUGGAGAAGGAGGAGUUUGUCACCCUGAAGGCCAUCGCGCUCGCCAACUCAGACUCCAUGCACAUAGAGGACAUGGAGGCCGUCCAGAAGCUUCAGGACGCCCUCCACGAGGCUCUGCAGGACUACGAGAGCAGCCAGCACCAGGAGGACCCUCGGCGGGCGGGCAAGCUCCUCAUGACGCUGCCGCUGCUCCGGCAGACCGCCACCAAGGCCGUGCAGCACUUUUACAGCAUCAAGGUGCAGGGAAAAGUGCCCAUGCACAAACUGUUCCUGGAGAUGCUGGAGGCCAAAGUCUGAUCCUGGGACAUCCUGACGGACUCCUCUAGGACUGGGACUGAACCGGGACUGCAAGACCACUGGUGACUGUGAGAGACGGGACUCACCUUUCCUCCUCCUGGGUUCGGCCGAAAGAAAAAAAAAAAAAAAGAAAUUGAUGCAAACGCGGUCAUUAGUAUAAAUAUAAGAUGAUGCAGAUUAAUUUAAAAUAUAUAAGAAAUAUUAUGUACAGUACUUUUUCUUUUGUUAAGCUGUCCCUCCGCUGCUUCCGAAUGAGUAGUUGCCACUUCUGGAGGCAGCAGAGCCUCACUGCUGUGUGACCCGGACUUGAGCGGGACGUGUAUAUAUUUAUUAUCGGAGGACUGAGUGUACGUGAACUUGGUGGCCAUUUUCUCUUCUAAAAAAAUGUAAAUGUGAACUCUUACCAGUUUUAAUGUCCCUGGAUAUACCUCUCCAUGGCAGGACGCCGUGACCCGGACAGGAAGGCUCGCUGGUACUCUGUUUAACCAAACGUUGCAAUAGUCUGUCGUCUUAUACUGUAGUAACUCAGCAAUAAAGGGAGGCCGUCCGGCAGCGCCUCUGUCGUUCAUGGCGUCUCACUGCUGCUGUUGCUGGUUCACCUGUCACCGCUGUUUUUGUCCAACAAGGCUUCGUGAACUGCCACCAAAGUCAUCUGCUGCAUUUUUGGAAGCAACAUGGUCGGGCGAAAGAGCAAUCCGCUGAACGAAAUCCACAAAGCGUGUGGCCAGUUUGUUGCGCUGUGGUUCCGCAAAGGCGGUGUAACAGUGACGUCUGGCAUACGACCUCCGUGGUACUGGUAACAUGCCAAACACAGCUCAUGUUUUUCUCCCUGUUGAGGGUAUGGUGUGGCCUGGAGGAGCUUACCCGACAUGGUAGAAGCGGUUGUGAAGGGUGUAGCAGGAGAAUAUAUGACCAGGGCUACCACUCUCACAUGCAUCACUCACUGGUCAGAAGUAGGACGUCCACUAACCUGAAAAUAUAUGAGAGGGAAAAUGUACCAUUCACCCACAAAUUUGGUUGCUUUAGCCAGAAGGUGCAUCUGAUACAUGUGAAGGAACAUUCACCUUUACGAAGUUAAAUAAGGAAGGCUAAGUGCCAGUUCCAUUAUGAUGUGGUGAGGAGUCAUGGCUGUUGCCGAUCCUCACGCCUCCGUGUGGCUGAGGCGAAAGACAUCGUCCCAAAGGGUCUAAUGGACCUUGGCAGGGCUAGUGAGACUAGCGGUGUGGCUGGGACAGAUGCUGUAGUAGCUCAGCUGUGCCAUGCUAAAAAGCUGGCUUGACCUGAAGAAAGUUAAUUUCACCGACUGACUUGAUCUCGCCGUUGAAGCUCCAUGUCCUCGUGUGGUCUUGGUGAAAGGCGAUCCUUCGGCAGGGGUCCAGUCUAGUCCCUCUGGAGGAUUUAUGCGGAGAGGCACCAGUCCAAUAGAUUCCAUGUUCCAAACAAUCACAAGCCAAUAUCUCGAGCGCUCUAUUUCUGUCAUCUUUUAAGCCAGCAUGAAGUCAUAGCACUCCCAAGGUGCCCGGCAUCUGCUCUCACUAUUUUAGACACCUACCGCCUUUAAAUAGCCACACUCAGAGAGUGCCGACCGAACCAAGGUAAACGGCAGGUGCAGACUGUUGGCACCUAGUGCCGCCUGUAUUUUUAGCCAGUUGUUGUGCCUGCAGAAGUCAACACGUGGCAGGCUUCUCUUUGGCAUCGUGUUGACACCGUGGCGGGCAGAGAAGGGUCACACACGACCCCAGCGGCUACUGCGAGUGGAGGCACGAGUGGAGGCACGAGUGUCAGCGACAUUAGAGCACGUUGGUACAAGGUGCCGCUGAACUAUCAGUGGCCCGUGCGGCCAGUCCAGGGAAGCUAGACCACCUGUCCUUAAGUCUCUGCCCAGCUCUGUGGAUGGCAUGAACAAGACACCCCACCCCCCAAUACAAAUGCCCAUCCACUACCCUCAGGAGGUCAGAAACAUGAAGCGAGGAGUGCGAUGCAAACUCUGAGAGAAAAGUGGUUAUUUAAAACUCGACUCAACACUAGCAACCGUUGAAUAUGAGUCGCCUACCUAGCGGCGGCAGGUCAGUAAGGCCCCCCUCUCACCUGCUGCUCCACUGACUACGUCAUUUGUGCUUUGAGAGAACUCCCGUCGCACCAUUUUGACCAUGCAUUUGCAUUGAUCGACUGUCCAGGACGGGACCAUGUUGUACGAAACUGAAGGGUAGUCCUCUCUAAAUUGUGUAUCUAUCAUUACCAGACGUCUUCUACCUUGUGUUGCUUGUUUUCCAUUGUGUAUUUCACGAGUCUUACAUGACGACCUGAAGUGUGUAAAUAUAUGAGCGCCAUGACGGUAGCUUUGCCGAACUACCACUGAAGUAAGAAGUAAGCAGCGCCCUGCUGACUACUACCUCAUGAUCGAUUCGACACUUUCGCUCUCUACAAACCUGAGCCAUGUUUUACGACGGCGACGUCUCACUCCCUCUCACUCCUGCCAAAACAUUUGUAAUCCUUUCAUUCUUCCGUCUGUUUGUAAAGGUAACGCAUGCUUCACGUCGACCAUUUUUGCUGGCUAAAGAAGCGGGUAUUGUAUUUUUAACGGAGUCGGACGUGGAACGAUUCCCGGCUUCUGUGUUUCUUCUGAAUAUUUACGCUGUGACAUAUAUCAUUUGCGAUGGUGUACAUUGAUAUCUGAUCGUUGAAUCACCAAUAUCUGUGUAAAUUUUACGUUUUGAUUUUCAAAAAGGCAAGGGAUCAAUGAAUUAAAUAUUCCCCGAACUCUGCUUUUAUGCUUUGUCUUCUUGCUUCAUGUUUGAGCGUACGAAGGAAAGUUAGCCGAAUGGUGCCAAUGCAUGUGGUUAUUCAGCAAGCACUACAUAGAAGAGACAGAUUCAACCACCACGACAGUCAAACAGAGAAUCUGGAAUAGAAAUAAUUUUUCAAUCUGACGCCAUGCUACAUUAGCAUGUCUGUGUCGUACUGUUAUUAUUGUGCUAUUAAACAGAGGCUCUGGUUUACAAAAUAAAUUACAAAAUAAAAUGAAUAAUCAGAAACAAAAGACGCCAGUCG